AUGACAUCCUGGCCAGCUAGCACCGUUAGACAAACCUUUUUGGACUUCUUCAAAGGUAAGCAGCACUCUUUUGUGCCUUCCUCUUCCGUUGUUCCUCACAAUGAUCCAACCUUGUUGUUUGCCAACGCUGGUAUGAACCAGUAUAAGCCAAUCUUCCUUGGUACUGUCGACCCUACCACCGAUUUCGGUAGUUUGAAGAGAGCUGCCAACUCUCAGAAGUGUAUCAGAGCUGGUGGUAAGCACAACGACUUGGAUGAUGUCGGAAAGGAUUCUUAUCACCACACUUUCUUUGAGAUGUUGGGUAACUGGUCUUUUGGUGACUACUUCAAGAAGGAGGCCAUUGAAUGGUCUUGGGAAUUGUUGACCGAAGUCUACAAGUUGGAGAAGGACCGCUUGUACGUGACCUACUUUGAAGGUGACGAGAAGAACGGCUUGAAGCCAGAUUUGGAGGCCAAGCAGUUCUGGUUGGAUGUUGGUGUUGCUGAAGACCACAUCUUGCCAGGUGACGCUACCGAUAACUUCUGGGAGAUGGGUGACCAAGGUCCAUGUGGUCCUUGUUCUGAAAUCCACUACGACAGAAUCGGUGGCAGAAAUGCUUCUUCCUUGGUGAACCAGGACGACCCUAACGUUUUGGAGGUUUGGAACGUCGUGUUCAUUCAGUACAACAGAGAGGCCGACGCUUCCCUCAGGCCUUUGCCAAACAAACAUAUUGAUACCGGUAUGGGUUUCGAGAGAUUGGUCUCUAUCUUGCAGAACAAGUUCUCCAACUACGACACUGAUGUCUUCUCCCCACUCUUUGAGAAGAUCCGUGAAAUCACUGGCGUGAGACCUUACACUGGUAAGUUCGGUGCCGACGACGUUGACGGUAUUGACACUGCUUACAGAGUUAUCGCUGAUCACGUUAGAACGCUAACCUUCGCUAUCACUGAUGGUGGUGUUCCUAACAACGAAGGUAGAGGUUACGUGUUGAGAAGAAUCUUGAGAAGAGGUUCUCGUUACGUGAGAAAGUACAUGAAUUACCCAAUCGGCUCUUUCUUCCAGCAGCUUGUUGACGUUGUCAUUCAAGAAAACUCCCAGAUCUUCCCAGAGAUUGCCUCCCACAAGGAUGAGUUGAAGGAGAUCUUGGUCGAGGAAGAAUUGUCCUUCGCUAAGACUUUGGACAGAGGUGAGAAAUUGUUCGAACAGUACGCCAUCAUUGCUUCCAAGACUCCUGAGCAGACCUUGUCUGGUAAAGACGUCUGGAGAUUGUACGACACUUACGGUUUCCCUGUCGAUUUGACUAGAUUGAUGGCUGAAGAAGCUGGCUUGAAGAUUGACGAGGUUGCUUUCGAGAAAGCUAAGGAGGAAUCCAGAGAAGCUUCUAAGGCUUCUGGCUCCAAGACUGGCGCUGACUUGAUCAAGUUGGAUGUCCACGCCUUGUCUGAAUUGGAGGGCAACGAUGCUGUUCCUAAGACUGAUGACCACUACAAGUUUGGUUUGGAGAACACCAAGUCCAAGAUUGUCGCUUUUUACGAUGGCUCUGCUUUCACUGACUCCAUCGACAAUGCCGGUCAGCAAUACGGUAUUCUCUUGAACAAGACUCCAUUCUACGCCGAGCAGGGUGGCCAGGAAUACGACACUGGUUCUUUGGUCAUUGACGGCAGUGCCGAAUUCAACGUUACCAACGUCCAGUCUUACGCCGGUUACGUUUUGCACACUGGUAACUUGGUAGAGGGUACCCUUAAGGUUGGCGAUGAAGUCAUUGCUACUUACGAUGAGUUGAGAAGAUGGCCUAUCAGAAACAACCACACUGGUACUCACGUCUUGAACUUCGCUUUGAGAGAAGUGUUGGGUGACAACGUUGACCAGAAGGGUUCUUUGGUUGCCGCUGAGAAGUUGAGAUUCGACUUCAGCAACAAGCAAGCUUUGACUAUCAAGGAAGUUGAACAAGUUGAGAAGAUCUCCAACGAGAACAUCAAGGCUAACCAGGAAGUUUUCGCCGAGGAUGUUAGCUUGGCCACCGCCAAGCUGAUCAACGGCCUUAGAGCUGUGUUCGGUGAGGUCUACCCUGAUCCAGUUAGAGUCGUUUCCAUCGGCGUGCCUGUCUCCAAGUUGCUUAAUGAUCCUGAGAACAAGGAAUGGCACAAAUACUCUAUUGAGCUCUGUGGUGGUACUCAUGUCGCCAAGACCGCUGAAAUCAAGGAUUUGGUCAUCAUUGAGGAAUCUGGUAUCGCCAAGGGUACUAGAAGAAUUGUUGCCGUUACCGGCCACGAUGCUCACCGCGUCCAGCAAGUCGCUAAGGACUUCGAUGCUGACUUAGAUGCCGCCGCUAACUUGCCAUUUGGUGCUGACAAGGAACAAAAGGCUAAGGAGCUUGGUGUUGCCUUGAAGAAGUUGUCUAUCUCCGUUGUGGACAAGCUGAAACUUAACGAGAAGUUCACCAAGUUGGACAAGUCUAUCAAGGACAACUUGAAGGCUAAACAGAAGGAAGAGUCUAAGAAGACUUUGAACGUCGUCAACGAAUGGUUGAAGGACGAGGAGAAGCUGAAGGCUCCAUUCCUUGUCGCUCACGUUCCAAUCAGCGCCAACGCCAAGGCUAUCACCGAGGCUUUCAACCUCAUAAAGAAGGAAGCUAAGGAGAAGUCUCUUUAUUUGAUCACCGGUACCAGCGACAAGGUUGCCCAUGGAUGUUACAUUUCCGAUGAGGCUAUCAGCAAGGGUGUUGAUGCUAACGAGAUUGCCAAGGCAGCUAUUGCACACAUCGGCGGUAAGGCUGGUGGUAAGGGCAACAUCGUUCAAGGUAUGGGAGACAAGCCAGAUGGUGUUAACGAGGCUCUUGAGGCCGUCAAGAAGGCUCUCACGGAGAAAUUGACAUAG